AUGGCAACCGAAGAGCCGCGAAACUGUGAAAUGUGCAUGGUAAUUAGAGAGGUGGCAGAAGUACUCAUGAUUGGUGUUGUUUGGCUGUCAAGGGGGGGAUUAUCGAGUGAACUUUCGUUGAGACUAGUACUUGAGCCAGGAGUAGGUUGGUGGUCAGUAGUAUUAGAUGAAGAGUCAGUGGGUAAAUGUGUAGAAUUCCCGCUGGUCUCCUCAGAGUCUGCUGAUCUAGGUAUUUCUUUUGGCAUUGCGACUGCGCUGAUGUCCCCAUUCUGGGCAAAAUCGGUAUCAAAAGGCUGCCUUAUAGGUUGCAUUUUUUCGGCUAGCUUUUGGUUUCCAAGAUUAGUAACAAUAUUGGAGACCUUCCCUUCCAGUACGUUGGUGGUUGGAGUACCGGUACUGGUCAGGUUUUUCUGCUUGACAUUGUCUGCUUGCUCAAGCCCUGCGUCAAUAGCGUUCAAAAGCUGCGGUUCCCCUUGCUCGAGUAGAUACACAAUCCACGUAUUGAUAUACUCUGCAUCAGAGCACAUGUCUAUUGUGGGUUGUAGUAUCAACCGAGACAGGACUUCACGCAGGAAAAUGCGAAGAGGACCACAGUUAUAA